AUGCAAAUUUUCGUAAAGACUUUGACUGGAAAGACGAUCACCCUUGAUGUGGAGUCUUCUGAUACCAUCGAGAACGUGAAGGCCAAGAUUCAGGACAAGGAGGGAAUUCCCCCAGAUCAGCAGCGUUUGAUCUUUGCUGGAAAGCAGCUCGAGGAUGGACGUACUCUUUCUGACUACAACAUUCAGAAGGAAUCGACCCUUCACCUUGUACUUCGUCUGCGCGGUGGAUUUUAAUGCACCUUCAUCUAAUAUGCUAUAACAUUGUGAA